CAAAGCGCAUUUUUCGAUAGGCUGAAUCUUGCAAAGAUAAUAAUCUGCGUCUACUCUGCGACGCGAUGGAGAAUUGCUCCAAAAAUAUAGGGAUAUCAAAACAGCUGCAGUCUCUUAUAGACGAUCAUAAAAUGAAGAAGAAAGACUUUGCCGUUGCUGCUAGAAACUUUAAAAACUUGUUGGAUAAUUCUAAACUGACUCUGUCUCAAAUGGACAAGCUUCAAUGGCAAUACCAAGCCAUAAUGGAUGAUUAUAAACAAAACAGAAGAAUUUUGGAGUCGCAGCUACCCAGCAUUAUCAAGAUUCGUCUAGGUGCUAUCGGACAAGGUUUUUCGACGAUAGCGGCUUUCUACGAAGACACGGAAUACUUCAAACAGGUUUCAGAAUUGCUGAAAAUAUUAGGUGAAACGCUGUGCCAGGAUGAGCCUGCCGCAGAUAAUCAUCAUAAAUAUGCGAAAUCUCAAGUUCAAGAAAUGUGUCAAAAGUGUAAGGUAAACAGGGUGGAGAAGAAAUAAUUGUAUUUGCUUUCGUCAAUUCCAUUAGCAAUUUAAGAGGUAGAAAUUAUAGACAGCACGAAGCCUUAUAUAUUUAGUCCCAAAUCCUCUUAAAACAAUGCCAAGGGCUUUGCUGGCCUCCGGUGGAAUAAUAUAUGGGGAACUUGAUUUGACCGAUUAUAAUAGCUAAAAUACACACGC